AUGCCGUGGGUUGUGAAGGGGGACACUGAAGCUGAGCCGUCCGUGUUGACUGACAGAGACGAUUCGUCCUCCGGCUGCAAAGCAAACGGUGACGCUGCACCGAGGAGUGUAGAGCCCACAGAUAUCAGGGGUAGUAAUGGGGAUGGCAGUGUAGAGAAGAGGCAUACUAGCAGUCUGGUGAUUGAGGAAGCAAUGCGCGUGUACAAAAACAGCAGCGAAAAGAAGCAAAACAGCAAGAUGCAGCCGUGCCCUGUGGCGCUAACCCCGGAGGAGUAUUCAAGCGAAGAGCUGUUGGGCUGCCGGACGGAUAUGCUGGUAGAGCCUCGCGCACUUUUGGGCUCCCUGCAGCCGUGUGUACAUUGCUAUAAGUUGUACGGGGCGAAGGCAAGUGUAGAGGUCUGCAGGCUGACAAAACGGCACUUAGCGUCUAACUGGGAUCAUCCGCACUUUGUUUCUCCUGCACAGAUACAGGACGCACUUCUCACCUGCUUCCAAUCGAAGAAGAAGUGGUAUUAUGGGGUCGUGAGUAACUACCAGGCGAUUUCAAGUAAGGUCACGGAUGUUGAUUUGGAAAGAAGUGGCGAGUACAGCAAAGUGGACGAAAAGGAGAAAAAAAUCACGUAUUACACGAAUCAAUUCAGAAUAGACUACGACGAUGGAGAUUUCCAGACUGUGCCGCCCCACGAACUGAUUGAAAUGCUCAUCGAGACAGGACCUGGGAGCAAGCUAGAUGGUCGGAAAGCUAUCACAACAACUCCUCUAGUCAAAAUGCUUUCACCAGAACUUAGGAGGGCCAACCGCCAAGUUAAUCAACUUGUCCGCGAGACCAACAAGAAAGGCUGCGUAGUGGACUCGGACUCUGAUGAGGAAUAG